AUAUAUUCUCUAUCAUUCUGCAACCUUGAAGGAAGAAAAAGAAAUAAUCUCGAGUGCAGGAAGUGCAAGUGAAGCAUGGUACGAUGGCCUAUAAAAAUCUUUGCUUGAAUAUCAUUAAAAAAAGUCGAAUACUAGAUAGAUAUUUAAGAACUGUUAUAACUAUACGUGGUUAUUCGAAAACAGCAAACACAUCUUCAGAGGAUAAUGAAAGAACAACACACUUUGGUUUCCAAACGAUUAAAGAGAAUCAGAAAGCACGGGAAGUAUACACCAUAUUUGAAAAUGUUGCCAAUUCUUAUGACAUAAUGAAUGAUGUAAUGAGUAUGGGUAUCCAUCGCAUCUGGAAAGAUAUUUUGGUACAGGAAUUAGGACCUACUCAUGGUACCCAUCUUUUGGAUUCUGCUGGUGGCACAGGCGACAUUACAUUUCGGUAUAUUAAUUUUCUGAGGAAUACGCCAAAUCCACAUAAUGUACGUAGUCAUGUAACUGUAUGUGACAUAAAUCAACAUAUGUUAGACGUUGGGCAAAACCGAGCAAGUGAGCUAAGUUUAUCAGGGGACAGUAAUUAUGAUAUUACGUGGAAGCAAGAAGAUGCAGAAAAGCUUUCCUUUGCAGAUGAUUCUUUCUCUGCCUAUACCAUAGCAUUUGGAAUAAGGAAUGUAACACAUAUCGAUAAGGUAUUGUCUGAGGCAUACAGAGUAUUACAGCCAGGAGGAAGAUUUUUAUGUCUAGAAUUUAGUCACAUUGAUAAUAAACCUUUACAAUGGUUAUAUGAUCAAUAUUCCUUUCAAAUAAUACCUGUAAUGGGGAAACUGAUUGUGGGAAAGUGGAAACCUUAUCAGUAUCUUAUAGAAAGCAUAAGAAAGUUUCCAAAACAAGAAGAUUUCAAGAAUAUGAUUGAAUUCGCAGGAUUUAGAAAUGUGACCUAUCAAAAUUUAACGUUUGGUAUAGUUGCUAUUCAUUCAGGAUUUAAAUUAUAAGUAAAAUAUCUUGUUGGAGCAUAGAACUGAUUAUUUUUUUGAGGAA